AUGGCCAAGACAUGUUAUUUCCCAUUCUUGUUCCUUACAUAUUUUUUUUUGAACUCAGUAUUACUGGCACGUUCUGAUCAUGGAUAUGUUUACAAUGAACAAAUAUCAAAGUAUGUGAAACAAAAUUCCAGCAUUGAACAACAGCAGUAUCUGCAACACAAAAAAGGGAAAAAUGACAUUAGCGCCACAUUGAAUAAUAACAAUUUGUCAAAAAAUGAAGUUACACUAAGUUUGGAGGAACUAGAGGAAGAAGAAAAAAAAAGAGACAUACACCACGGAACAAGCCAUAAAGAAGACGAAUCACGAUUAAAAAGAGAAGCGGGAGAAUCAGCUAUUCCUUCAGAAUUAUUACAGGAAGAGGGAAAGCGCAUGGCAAACGCAGUUCUAGAUGAUCCCUCCAAUAAGGAUAUAAAAGAAGAUAGUGAUAAUGCUGACAAUGUUUCCUCUCCCACUGUAGUACUCUCUAUGUUACAAGAACAAAGUUCUAAUGUAACUCUAAAUAAUAAAAUGAGUGCUUUAGUUAAUCUAUAUAGCACCCAACCCCCUAAGUUUACUCUUUAUAUGCAAGAAUUAUUUCAACUUUACAACACAUACAUCAACAUCAAAAAUGAUAAUUUUUCUUUCGGUUCCAUAUCUCUACAUUUUCGAUUUCAUAAAUAUGAAAAUGAGGAUGACGUUGCUAGCCUCAGUACAGUGUUUUAUGCAACUAAACAAAAAGAUGAAACGCAUAGCAAUGUGGAAGAAGCAAAAGGAGAUUUAACUAUUCAUUACAACGUGCAAAGUUUAUUAGAAAAAAAAGAUUUAGGGAAAACUGCGGCUAUUACUCCGAUACAGUCAAAAAUAAUUAGAAAUGAUAAUGAUUCAAGUAUUCCUACAUAUGUGUGUCAAGCAAUUUAUGAGAGUAAUAUUGACACCACGAAGCAUUUCAUCACAUUAGACAAAGUGAGUGAAGAUGAAUUCUCCGUUUCAAAAUUGGAUGAUUUCCUUGGAAAAUGUUUGAAGGGUGCACAGGAAGAAAUAUUAGCUAAAGGUGAUAAGAAGAGGGAGACAAAUGGAAACUUACAAAGUGGUAAUGCAAAAGUUGCAAAGACUAGCGGAAAAGUCAACGAUUCGAAAAAGAAAAAAAAAACUAGAAAGGAUUACCUCAAUCAAUUUAAUGAAAGCAUAGUUAAAAAAGACAUUGCUGCUUGUAAAGACGCUGCUAAAUUAUUAAUGGCUAAUUCUGUAGCCUCUAGUUUAAUGUAUAUCUUUGUAGUAAUAGCACUAGGUAUUUCCUUGUUUUAA